AUGCCCCGGGGGCCAGAGCUCCCGGUGCAGGUCUGGGUGGACGGCCAGCUCUUCCAGGCUGAGCAGGCUCUCCUGGUGGAGCACUGCGGAUUCUUCCGCGGGCUCUUCCGCUCGGGCAUGCAGGAGGCGCGCGCUGCCGAGGUGCGUCUGGGCGCGCUGAGCGCGGCCGGCUUCCGCACCACUCUGCAGGUGCUGCGCGGUGAGCGGCCUGCGCUGGAUGCAGACGACGAGCUGCUGCAGGCGGUGGAGUGCGCCGCCUUCCUGCAGGCGCCUGCGCUGGCGCGCUUCCUGGAGCACAGCCUCACGUCGGACAACUGCUCGCUGCUGUGCGACGCGGCCGCCGCCUUCGGCCUGUGCGACGUGCUCCAUAGCGCGGCGCUCUUCAUCCGCGACGGCGCGCAAGAGCUGGUGGCUGAGCUGGAGCUGCCCGAGGCCCGCGCCUAUGUGGCGGCCCUGAGACCCAGCACCUAUGUGGCCGUUAGCACCCACACACCCACGCCCGGCUUCCUGGAGGACGCGUCCCGCACCAUGUGCUACCUGGAUGAGGAGGAGGACGCGUGGCGCACGCUGGCCGCGCUGCCCCUGGAAGCCAGUACGCUGCUGGCAGGCGUGGCCACCCUGGGCAACAAACUCUACAUCGUGGGUGGCGUGUGUGGCGCCAGCAAGGAGGUGGUGGAGCUGGGCUUCUGCUACGACCCGGAUGGUGGCACCUGGUGCGAGUUCCCCAGCCCGCACCAGCCGCGCUAUGACACUGCCCUGGCCGGCUUCGAAGGCCGCCUCUAUGCCAUCGGUGGCGAGUUCCAGAGGACGCCUAUGAGCUCCGUGGAGUGUUACGACCCGGCCACAGGCUGCUGGAGCUUCGUGGCCGACCUACCACAGCCAGCUACAGGGGUUCCCUGUGCCCAGGCGCGCGGCCGCCUCUUCGUGUGCCUCUGGCGGCCUGCGGACAUCACUGCUGUCAUGGAAUACGUGGCACAGAUGGACAAGUGGCUGCCGGUGGCUGAGCUGUGCCGUUCACAGAGCUACGGCCACUGCAUGGUGGCCCAUCGCGACAGUCUCUACGUGGUGCGCAACGGACCUUCGGAUGACUUCUUGCACUGUGCCAUCGAUUGCCUCAACCUGGUCACGGGCCAAUGGUCGUCAUUACCGGGUCAGUUUGUCAACAGCAAGGGAGCACUCUUCACAGCCGUGGUUCGUGGUGACACCGUCUAUACUGUCAACCGGGUGUCCACGCUGGUCUAUGCCAUUGAGGACGGCACCUGGAGGCUGCUCCGAGAGCAGGCUGGCUUUCCCAGGCCGGGGUCCUUGCAGACCUUUCUCCUGAGGCUACCCCCUGGUGCUACUGGGCCUGUGGCUACUGCCUUGCCAGAGCUGUGA